UAACACACUUGAUGACUGAUGCAGAAACAGGAAGGAGAGAUACAGAAAGAAACACAAGAGCUGACUUUAAGAAAUACAUUUAAGGUGUUUAAAGUGUUGGAUCAGUCCCGAGUCCAGGGGUCCAGGGGUUUUCCAGCUUUUUGGCUGUGUAACAGCACCGCGGUGCUGAGUGAGGGGGCGAACACUCGAAAGUAAAAGUGUUUUGCAGGCUGCACUCGCUGAUCGCAACAGCCAACGUGGUCGCCAGCAGACGCAUCAGACUUGAAAAGCAACAAGUUGUCAGCAGCUGAGAUGGAAGAACAUGCCUCUCCCAAGCCCAGUAAAGGACGUCAUGACAAUGGGACAAACGCAGAUGAGGAGGAACAUUUAGCUGCUAAGAAACCCCGUGUGACCACCUCAGAUGGUCCGACAGACGCUGGAGGUGAGCGACAGGAACAACAUGAAACAGCCAUGGAGUGUCAGACAGCCUGUGAGACCAAUCCAGAAGGCUGGAAGGAUGAAACCAGUCAUCUGAAUGAACUGGUGCCAGAUGAUGUGGAACAAAAAAGAAACCUUGGAGAAAGUGACGCUGAUAACGAAGAGAAGGGGAACACAGGACAGAAUGAAGAGGAUGAGGUCCAGGCGGAAAGGGAAGAGGCAUCGAGCCAUCAGGCUGGAGGAGAGGAGGGCGUCGGAAGACACGAGAAAGUGAUGAGCGAAACGUCAAGCAGCGAAACAAAGCAUGACAUCAACCUGACUGCUGACGUCUCGUUGGCCACGCCGAGCCAAGUACAAACCGGCGGAGAUGAGGAAGAAAAUGUGGUGAUGCAUGAAGAAGCUGCUCAGUCCAGCAUCGCACAAGAAAACACAAACGGCAAGUUCGAGGAGCUGAAGGAAACUGAAGCAGAUGAUGCUCCCGUAAAGGCUGGAGAAAAGUCGGAAAACUCCUGCGAACGUCUGGAUGAUGAGCCAGACAUGCGGGAACAAAGAGCCACAGCAGAUCUGACAUGUGAGGCGGGAGAACGCCAGGGUGAAGACGCUGGUCUGGAAGAACUGAAAGGACAAGAAGGAAAAGCUGCUGCUGAUGAGGACCCACAGAUGGGACACAGUGAAGAGGAUGAGGGAGAGAGAAGGAUGGAUUUGAGGAAGGAGACACUCAGUCCUUAUAGUGGAGGAGAAAUGACGAAAAUUGACAUGUCGGUCAGUGAAACAAGCCAUGAAAGAAGCCUGACGAGCAGUCACGACUGUGCAACACUGAGUGAAGUGAAAAGCAGCGGAGAUGAAAAGAAAGUGUCUCUGUAUGGAGAUGCCACAUAUUCCAGAAAAAAGAGGGAUCACUAUGUGGCAUCUCCAUACAGAGAACCUCGUCUGGGUAAAGCGAAGAGGACAUACAAGACACAAAGAGUGACUCAGCUGCACUAUGGCCUGUACAAUCAGGGCUCCACAUGUUACCUCAACAGCGUGCUGCAAGUUCUCUGCAUGACACCGGAGCUCCAUGAGAGGUUGGAUUCAGAGUUACAAACAGAUCAAGAGCUGAGAAAAGUCUUUGAAGGCCUGAAAGAAGACGCAUGUGAAACAGAAGACAUCACAAGGAGUCUGGGGAUUGGAAAUGUGUAUGAACAACGUGAUGCCGCUGAAUGCCUGGGGUUGAUCUUGCGUAGGAUCGUCCCUCAAGCCUCUGCGGCUUUCUAUGGAAAGCUGACAUACUUGACAGAAUGCUCCAAUGGCCAUGUCAUCAACAACGAGACAAAUCGGUUCUGGUCCCUUCCGCUCUCGCUGAAAGAUGUCCAUGGUAUAACCUACAGCGUGGAAAAGAGCCUCGAGAGGUUCUUCCAGACAAAAACAAUUACCGGAAGCACCAAAGUGUACUGCAAGGGAUGCGAUGAGGACGUAGAGGCAUCUAGCGGCUGUGAGAUGGUGGAAUGUCCUCAGAUUUUGACUGUGCUCCUCAAGAGAUUUGACUUCGACCACAGCACCAUGUCAUACGUCAAAUCAGACUGCUACGUGGAUGUGCCAUUUCUGCUACAGCUAAAGAACAAGACGUACAGCCUGUACGGGAUGGUGAAUCACAUGGGCAGUCUAAGAGGUGGACAUUACACAGCCACUAUCCUGUCCAAUCAGGACAACACCUGGUAUGAGUUCGAUGAUGCUCGCGUCCACAAGGUUAAAAAUCAGCCGUUUGCCAAAUCCAGAACUUACAACUCCAGGACUGUCUACCUGCUCAUGUACAGAGAGUGUCAGAAGCCCAGUGAGACCGACCAGAACGGAGACGAGGUAGAGCACAAAAGCGGGACUUCUCCACCAGCCGACACAAGAAUGUCCAAAAUCAAAAGCUUCAUCUGUCAUGUUUUUCCUUGCUGUCUUCUUUUGUGCUUUUUGGCUCGUGGCCAUCAUUUGUGCAAUAGCAAGUUUUUUAUUAAUUUAAGGACGAUAAAUGUUCUCUUUUGCUACUUAUUGUAUCCCGUCAGAAACAUACUGACGUACCGUCCCUGGAAAACAGCUGAAUAAAGUGUACUGCAUUAUAGCCAUUAUAUCACUUGAUGGGCCAGCCCACAGAUGCGGUAGCCCACAGGGAUUUUGCCCGGUUUGCCUCAUGUCCGGUUGGCUGCGUGCCUGUAUCCUGUGUUGGCUCAGAAGUACUAACAAUGCAAACAAGCCAAUAUAAAAGUAAUCAAUAGCUUUUGGUCCUGUUCUCCUGCAUGCUUCAGCUUCAGGUCAAGGUCAACAUGCUCAGCUCUCAGAUCCACUUCAACCUACUGAAGUUCAAAGUUAAUUAAAUUUGCACCCAGAGUUCUCGUAUCUUUUGCAGUUGUUGAAUUAUUGAUUGAUUGUUGAUUGAUUUUUCUUUUUAACGACAGGACUGGGUUGAAACCGUUUAGAUCACAUCUUGUAUGAAACCAAUUUAAGAGAAUAACUGUUUCAAGCUGCUCACAGCUGAUUGGAUAAUUGAUUACACCUGCAGCAUUUUCCUAUCAUGUAUUACGAUCCUUGUGGUCAGGACCCCUCUCACCUGUUAAAGCGUUUGAUUGAUUUCAAUGAUUUCAACCCUGCUGUAUUGUUCUUAUUAAACCAGAUGAAACCAAUGUGACUGACCAUGUAACCCGUACAGCUAUGUGAUUUUUCAGUGUUACUUUUUAAAUAAAAAGGCAAUAAAAUUUC